UUUCCGCUCCACUCCACUGAACUCCAACCCCCGCGCGCUCUAUCAGCAUCUCAUUCCUGUCUCAAUAUGUCUCAAGAUGGCGGCCAAUGCAGGAUCGAUGUUUCAAUAUUGGAAGCGCUUUGACUUACAACAACUACAGAAAGAACUCGAUGCCACCGCCACACAACUCGCUAACAGACAGGAUGAGAGCGAACAGUCCAGAAAGAAGCUCAUUGACCUGAGUCGCGAGUUCAAGAAGAAUACACCAGAGGACUUCCGGAAACAAGUUGCUCCUUUGCUCAAGAGCUUCCAAGGAGAGAUCGAUGCCCUCAGUAAGAGAAGUAAAGAAGCAGAGGCCGCCUUCUUAAACGUGUACAAGAAAAUAAUUGAUGUCCCAGAUCCCGUACCUGUGCUGGAGCUGGCUCAGCAGCUGCAGCUGAAGCUUCAAAGGAUGCACGACAUUGAGACGGAGAACACCAAACUUCGAGAGACACUGGAGGACUACAAUAAAGAGUUUGCAGAGGUCAAAAACCAAGAGGUGACCAUAAAGGCCUUGAAAGAGAAGAUCCGCGAGUACGAACAGUCGCUGAAGAAUCAAGCAGAGAACCUGGCACAAGAAACACAGCUCCAGCUUCACAACGACUAUGCAGAGAAGGAGAGGAAACUCCAGGAGAGCCAAGAUUCCAUGUCGUCACGGUUGGAAGAGGCCGAGCACAAGGCCCAGUCCCUCCAGACAGCACUUGAAACAACUCAGGCCGAGCUCUUUGAUUUGAAGACAAAAUAUGACGAGGAAUCCUCAGCAAAGGCCGACGAGAUUGAGAUGGUGAUGACAGACCUUGAAAGAGCCAAUCAGCGAGCUGAAGCAGCACAAAGAGAGGCUGAGUCACUGCGGGAGCAGCUGUCCUUGAGUAACCAAUCCCAGCGAGCUGCCAGCCCGACCAAGGCCGACCCCGACACGGAACAGGCAGCAGAGGUGGCAUCCCACUCAAGUCUAGAGGUGGAGCUCAGGGCCAAAGAAAGGGAGACUGCACAGCUGGUGGAAGACGUCCAGAGACUGCAGGCCAGCCUGACCAAACUCCGAGAGACCACCAGCACCCAGAUCACACAGCUGGAGCAGCAGCUUAGCAGCAAGACAGCCGUUCUCAAGGAAGUGGAGGAGAAACUUCAAAAGCAGGCAGACUAUGAGGAGGUGAAGAAGGAGUUGGGUAUUCUGAAGUCAGUGGAGUUUGGAACAUCAGACUCCGUCCAGGAUUCAUCCAAACCUCUGGAGGUGCUGUUGCUGGAGAGGAACCGUAGUCUUCAAUCUGAGAGUGCUGCACUGCGCAUAGCCAACACGGAGCUCAGUGGGCCAGCCGGGCGGAAAGGGACAGAAGAGUCGACACCCAAGGAGGAAACCAGCGACCCCUCUUCUUCGCCCCCUCCUCCCCCUCCUUCUCUCCCUUCCUCCUCGCAGCCUCCCCUGUCUCGCACUCACACGGAUGCCCUCAACACUGCCACCACCACCAGCAGCGGGGAAACGCACCCAUUCACUCCUACGGGCAUUGGACAGGACUUCUACUCUCCAGUCUUCCCGCUGGUGGGUGGUAAGAUGGCUUUGAACUCCUUAAUCCAGCGGCAGCUGCUCCAGACCUUCUACUCCAAAGCAUUGCAAGAGUCGUCUGGGAUCCCCAGUGGGGCUCUACUGUUCACCCCCUUCACUCCGACCCUCAGCUCCAUCCCUACAUCCACCCCCGGCUCCGGGUCUGCUGCCAUCCCUCUGGCGGCCAGUAGCCCUCAGCCACCCCCAGCCAGCCCAGACAUGGCUCCUGUUAACGGGAGCAGCACCGCUGGCAGCGCCCCCUCGCCAUCCCCGAGCCACUCCGACGCCACCACAGGGAGCGUUUUGGAUGGGGAGGACAUGGACACAGCAGAGAUCGCUCGGCAGGUGAAAGAGCAGCUGAUCAAGCACAACAUUGGUCAGCGUGUGUUUGGCCACUACGUGCUGGGACUCUCCCAGGGUUCAGUCAGCGAGAUCCUGGCCAGACCAAAGCCGUGGAACAAACUCACCAUCCGGGGGAAGGAGCCCUUCCACAAGAUGAGGCAGUUUCUGGCUGAUGAGCAGAACAUUCUUGCUCUACGCAGCAUCCAGGGACGGCAAAGAGAGGGCUCAGGCCAGCCCCAGCUUAGCCGAGUGUUUCAGGAUGUUCCGAAGCGGAGAACCCACUCCAAUACAGCUUCACACACAGGGAACAUCACUGCUCGUGUCCGAACUCCAGAUGCCGGUUCAGAUGAGGCCAUCAAGUCCAUUCUAGAGCAGGCCAAAAGAGAGCUGCAGGUGCAGAAAGCCGAUUUGUCCCAUGUACAAACCUCAUACGUAGGCCUGAAAGGAGGGGGUGGAAGCGGUAUAGGAGGAGGUGGGGGCAGCGGGUCAGAUGAGGCAAUCCGCUCCAUCCUGGAGCAAGCUCGCCGAGAAAUGGAGGCCCAGCAGGCUGCUUUGGAGCCCAUCCUCAAAGCAUCAUCUUCCUCAUCCUCCCUAGUGUCACUGUCUCAGAGAGACCUCAUGAGUUCACCGCUUACUGCUCCCCUCCCCCCAUACAAUCCCCUGGCACUGUCCCUCAAGAAGCCCCCCAGCUCUCUGUUGUCCUCGCCCUCCUCCCCGUCACCAGUGUUGGACUUCAGCUCCAGCGUGAAGAGGGAAGGCAGGUCCUCUUCAGGGAUUGAUGCGACAACGGAUGGAGCUCUACGGCAGGGUCGGACCUCCGAGGGGUCAGCACGCUCAGGAAGUGGUGCUGCAGGAGUGGGUUACUGGAGAGAGCAGUGGUGGAGCAGCAUGCACACGGACCACCGCAGGCCUGCAGCAGGAGAGGAGAACCACAACCAGGAAGACUCCAAAGAGGGAAUACUGAGUGACAGUCUGUCUCGAAACAAGCCAUGGAACAAGCUGAACCAGAGGAACCGGGAGCCAUACCUGCGCAUGCAGCCGUGGCUCAAUGGAGACCAGGGACAAAACGCACACAUCCAACAAGCUCAGAACCAAGAGGGUACACCCAAAACGUCAGCAAGCUGUAGCCCCGCUCCAGAGUCACCUCUCAGUUCCGCUGAAGAGUCUGUCAACGGCCUAGCAGGGGAUCUGCUCACAUCACAGUCGUCUGGUCUCAAGCCCACCUCUGAGGAUCCUUCAUGUGGGGAUUCUCAGCCUGGCACACCGCUGCCUAUACCUGGUCACUCGGGUUUAAGCAUUCAGGAGAUGGUUGCAAUGUCUCCUGAACUCGAUACUUAUGCUAUUACCAAGAAGGUGAAGGAGGUGCUGACUGAUAACAACCUUGGCCAGCGUCUGUUUGGGGAGACUAUCCUGGGUCUGACGCAGGGUUCUGUCUCAGACCUGCUGGCCAGGCCCAAACCUUGGCACAAGCUCAGCCUGAAGGGCAGGGAGCCCUUUGUUCGCAUGCAGCUCUGGCUCCAGGACCCGCACAGUGUGGAGAAACUCAUGGACAUGAAACGACUCGAGAAGAAAGCCUACAUGAAGAGGAGGCUGAGCUCCUUGAGUGAUGGCCAUUCUGUGGACGGGGGGCUUGUGGGGCCGGACUACGUGCAGGGCUCUCAAAGUCCGGGGCAGCAGCAGCUGAAGAAACCCAGGGUGGUGUUAGGACCCGAGGAGAAGGAGGCUCUGAAAAAGGCGUACCAGCAGAAACCCUAUCCCUCCCCUAAGACCAUUGAGGAGCUGGCCUCCCAGCUCAACCUGAAGACCAGUACUGUCAUCAACUGGUUCCAUAAUUAUAGGUCACGUAUCAGACGAGAGCUUUUCAUUGAGGAAAUCCAGGCAGCUGGAGGAGUCGGGCCUGGCAGUGAGGGGGGCUCCCCUUCCCUCCGUGGGUCUAAAUCAGGAGAAGGGGACAGCUGUGACGGUACAGAAUCUGAGGGCACAGUGGAGACACGCCAGGGAUUCGGUGUCAGCCUGGAGGAUCACAGGGGAGUUUGCAAAGACCACGACAUGGAGGCUGAGUCCGAGGCAGGGGGCUCUAAUAAUUCCCCUGCCCAGAUAGACUGCGUCCCCCCAGGGUCUAGCUGUGGACCAGGCGGAUUGGGGCUCUUCAGUCUCACAGAGGCAUCCCCUUGUAGCUCUGCCUCGAGUACUAAUAUCCCGGCCUCUGGCCCGGCCAGGAAUCCCAGGGACAACAAUUUGCGGAAGAAGAAAGCGGCCAACCUCAAUAACAUCAUCCACAGGCUGGAGAAGGCUGCUAGCAAAGAGGAUCCCUCGGAAUGGGAGUUCUAGCCCCCCUCCUGACCAUCCUUCGUCCCUCUUGUCUCAUAACCUCACAACCUCUAACUUGGACCCCUCCUGCUCUGUUCCAGUUGGAGAGUGGACACAGCCAAAGUCAAGCUCAGCAGCCAUUUUUACUACAGAGAAGCUUUCCAAAAAAAAGAGGAAAGAAACAAAGUGUCGUUGGCAAACCCUUAAAAAGAAGAUUUACUGAAUACCUAGAAGAACAAAUUAAGAGAACUUAAGUGUCUCUCCGUUUUUUAACUGAGUUUUGUUUUUGUACUGAGAAAAGCACUUAGCCGUCCUGCUGGCCUCUGGCCCUGCUGUACCUCCCCUCCCAUCACCAGCCACUGGUGCACCCGACUGGUUAGCCCUGAGCUGGGGUCUGACCCACAGCCGGGCUAGAAACCUGGACUGGGUAAGACAGGCAAAGGCCUGGAGCAGCAGCUGUCCCAGUGAUAGACACUGCUUGAUGAUAGAUAGAGACAGGAACUCUCUUACAAGAACUCUCACUUUCUUAAAGGAGAUGUUUUUUUCCGCUCUUCUUCUCACCUCCCAAGUGUCCACAAACCUCCCCUCACUCAGUGAGACGCCUCAUUUUUCACACUGUAGAGUGACUGUUACAAACCUUUGCCUUUUUCACUCACUGCGUGUGUGUGUGUGUUUUUUUCUUUGGUAUGUUUCGGGGUUGUGUCAGUGUGCACCCGUAUGUAUGUAUGUAUGUAUGUAUGUAUGUAUGUAUGCAUGCACACCACAAACGGUGUGUGUGUUGUUUCGAUGGCAGCAUGUCUGCUUUUGUAUCUCACUCCUACACUCUUAAGAGGGUAAUGCGAGGCCUGCCGCCUGAGCUGCCAUGGUUACUGAUGUACGAACUUUGACCUGUUAAGUCCCGUAUCCUAUCCUGCUGACAGCCAUGUGAUGGCCAGAAGGAUCACUUAAUUCCCCACAAACACACACUCAUCUGGAAAGGAAGGAGAGAAGGAACCCUUUUUUUUGUCUCCUUAGGUCCUUCUUUAAGGACGAAGGACCACCUCUCCUUUAUUUCUUCAUAUUGCAAUUUGGUUGCCAGUAAGAGAUUGCACAGUCUUCUGACUCUAAAGAAAACAAAAUAGGGAAUUUUAGGAAGCAUUUUAAUUAGUACAAAAUAAGCAGAAAAUAAAAGAAUAACAAGUUACUGUUGUUUUUUUUUUUUUAAGCAAAUUAGGAUGGAAUAAUGUUGCAUUGUUGAAAAAUACGAUACAAUGAAUUCACAUAGUACUGUAGCUGGUGAUACUUAACUCUUGUUUUGUAGGUUGCCACAGUUUGACCCAGCACUGGAUCUGCUUGGGUGUGUGUGCGCAUGUGUAUGUUGUACGUGUGUAUGUUACGUGUGUGUGUGUGUGUGUGUGUGUGUUUUUGCGCGCGCAUGUGCGCACGCACUACCAGCUAAUUUCCUGUUCACACACACAUCUUUUUAUAGGCCAAAUCAGGAGGAGCGUGUGCGUAUGUGUGUUUGUGCGUUUCAUGUGCAUUUGUAUAUUUGCCUGCAUGUAAGUCAGGGUUGAGGUCAAGUCACUCAGAGUUCAAUUUACAAAAGAAGCAUAACGGAGCUCCUGGUGAUUGGAUGGUUUUUGCAAUGUACAGUAUUUGAUUCUAUUUGUUUUGCUUUUUGUUUGGAAAGUGAAUUCACGCCAACUCUGGUGUGAGUAGUUACACUCUCCUCCAGUCUUUCCUGAAUCCAGGGAGCGUUGUUGCAUUCAAUUCUACUGUAUACACUACAAAUUUUAAGGCAUAUCACCUCCUCCUCCUCCUCCUCCUCCUCUUCCUCCUCCUCCUCCUUGUCCCACACAAGCCCUCAGUGCCUGUCAGCCCACUGCCUCCCCUUUGUGUGUAUGUGAGUGUGCGUGCACGUAUGUGUGCACUUGUGUGUUUCCAAUGAGUGUGGGGGGGUUCAUAUUUCUACUUGCACACACUACAAGUGCACAACUGACACCCUUCUUUUUAAGCUGUUUGACGCGUUACCAUUUACAUUAAUCUCACCACGUAGUAUAAUAUAAUGAUUUACUGUAGCUCGGUUUUAAUGCUAUUUUUGUUGUUGUUGCAUUUAUAGUUUGUUUUUUUUUAUUCUGCUUAUUUAUAGGUGCUGUAAUUUUUCAUUUAAUGUCUUAUCAUUUGAGUUGUCUAUUUUUUAAGGGAUUAUACUGUUCCUGAGGGCAAGUAACAUUUUUAUUAGACGUUAUAGACUGCCGGCAGUAUUGGUUAAUAUUUACAAAGAUGUACUAGUUCUCAUUUGUUUGUAUAUUCACAAAUCCUAAAAAAGUUGUAGUGUCAUUUCAAUAGCUCUUGAAUAAUGCGUUUGCUACACAUCCUGCCCACCCUGAAGCUUUUAGCUUUAUUUUCCAUGACAGUUAUGCUCUCAUAUUGCUAGCUGAAGAAUGAAAAAACAUAUCAAGAUCAGUGAUGAUUGAUAGCAUAUCCCUUUCCCUGGUGAUAAUUUCUUGUCAUCUUCUGUCAGCUGUAUCUUGGACACUCAACGUUCUUCUUUAGAUCAUCCCCUCCUCAAUCACAUGAACUUGAUGAUCAGGUCCGAGUGUAUGCUCAUUGUCACAAGAAAUUACCUAAAGAUGAGAAGACAUGCUGAAAAGAGGUCAUAUCUGCCAAAUUGAGAUUAGACAAGUUGUACCAGCUAGCAGCCUGUGAUUAUGCAGAAUUCUAUUCUAUAGCAGUCGGUAUAGCAAAGCACUUAUUAGGACAGGGUCUGUACAACACUACAACAGAGUACCAUCCCAGGCUCCUGGGAAAUGGUGGCCUUUUAUUUGUCAGCGUGGUUGUGAACCAAGCACAGACUCCAACACUAAAAUGGAAACAAACGUUGGCUGUUUUCCCCCCCCAUAUGAUGAACUGUGUCCUUUUACAGAUGACUUGUGUGACAGAACGGGAACAGGUCCCGUGUAGUUAUAAUUAGUAACCACCUGAUUAGGUUUCCCGACAGAAUUCUCCUCCUAUAUCCUACUUCCUGUUCCCUGGAUAUACAUCCACUGACACUAUAUGGACAAAAAUAUUGGAACAUAUUAAGUCGGAGGAUAUAGUGCUGUUUCUACAAAAUGUUGUAGAUCAGAGGUUCUUAACUUGGGGCCCGGGGCCCAUUCAAAUACCACCACUUUGAUUUGUAUUCAAUAAACUAUGUUUAACGUACUUACAGUUUAACAAGGCUAAACCUUGUCAAAUGACUUAAAACCAUGUGCUCAUCACAAAUAUAUUCAAACAUAAUCUAGCACAUACUUACAAUAUGCCGAACAUGUUAACACAAAAUACAAAAAUACAUUUAAUUUCCUGCAACAAAUUAAUUACAAAACUGAUGAAUUAAAUUGAAAAUAAUAAUAUAUAAAGUAAUGGAUAUGUUUUAUUAAGCUGUGAAUGAAGUAAAGGGCAAAUUCAAGUACAGCCUUAUAAUCGGCAAAUGAAUUUUAAACUUUCUUCAGCAGUUUUUAUUUUUGCUCUUUUAUAUAUGUGACAAAUAAGUCACAACUCAAUGUUAUUUAUGUUAUCCUCUUAACAAACUUGUCCAUGACUUCUGCUCCAGACUUGCAGCUGUCUUCUUCUGCUUGUGCAUUACUGCCACUAGUGGUUUACUUACACCUUGGCGUCUCACGGCCGACACACGCAAAACGAUUUUUUGGCGGCCCUCUAGGGGACCCUGUGUGUAGAUGAGUGUGGCUGGAGGUCACUGAUGUUGGACCAUCUCCUUUUGAGGUCAUUCCAAAUGUGUAAAGCAGGAGUUUGGACCAGCCCCUAAUUAAAUGACCAAUUAGGAGAGGUGUCCCACUAAUUUUGUCCAUAUAGUGUAUGCUGGCAGCCUGCGAACCCUGUUGCACAGCAUUCUAUCCCAAACGUUGUCUUUUCCCGUGGCCAUCUUGCAGAGCACCGAAGGCCGCGUCACCUUCGGCCUGCUUGCGCCGGCAGUCGACCACGAGUUUUUAUAGCUACUGUAACAUUACGCUAAGCACUUAAACCCCAUUUUAGUCGUCUUCUCGACCCCACCAUUCUAAAUCCACAUCAGAUUUGUGCCUUUAACUGCCAAGCAGGGCACCAAACGUGUGAUGUCGAAGUCUGAUCCAGUCUGAUUUUCUUCAAAUGCGCCCCCGCCCCCAUCCCAACCCAUCGUCUCUCCUGGAGAGGGUGCAGCAUGUCCUCGCUGGAAAAAGAAGAUAAUGAGCUUGUGUGUUCUUAACGACUGACCCAUUUGGGCUUCCGUGGGUCUCACAGACAGUUGCUUUUCCCCUCAAAGCAUAUCUACGUUGUAAAUAUCUAGUAGCGGCAGAAUGAAGGAGGAAGCACGCAGCAAACACUGUAAUAACACUGAAUUUAUUCAUAGGGCAUUUUUGUUUGUUUUCCUUCUGUGUCAGGUUUGCUGUGAUGUCACUGCAGGUAUUGAGAUGAUGUGUGCCAACUGUUUGGAGAAGAGAGAAAAAAGGCUAAAGUGUAAAUACGAGUCGGGCAAAGUAGCUACGGAGUCACUUAGUGUCACAGUGUGCUUUUAUUUUGAAGGCAGGACGAGAGAAGGGACGAUUCAGGACUUUUUCCAUGAUCCACAGAUAUUUUUCUACAAAUUUAAAGAUCAAGAUGAUUCUAUACACUGUUGAAUAACAUUGUAAAGGUGUAACAGAUGCUGUAUAUCAUAUCAUGUUUUUCUGAAGUCGUAAAGCUUUACUGUAUGAUCUGUUUUGAAGUAGUGCUUAUUCAUUUUUUUUUUUUUUUUUUUUUUUGUUCAUUGUGAUGGAAGCCUGGACAGCAGCACUGGUCACCCUAUUCAGGAAAAACCUUUAAAAAAAAAGAAGAAAGAAAGAAAAACCUCAGAUGUUUUUUUUUGUAAUAAUAAUAAUAAUAAUAAUACUUUUAGACUAUAUCUAAUGAAGUGGGUUUUGUAAAGAAUCACUUUGCGGAGCAGCGGUGCUGUAUGCAUAGCACACAAACUCUAGUUCAUACACACCUAAUACAGCACAAUACACUCAUCCUUUCACAUCCUUCUUUGCUUUGCGUGUUCCUUUGUUUGUUUGUUUUUUAAAAUCCUUUGGAAUCAUUUCCUUCCUAGAAUUCCCCUUCUGGAAUGCUCAACAUUUCAGUGAGAAAAAAAAAGAGGAAGCAAAAAGCCAAAUAGUGAUGUAGUCGUUUUGUUGCUACCUUGUUGUCGUCGCCUUCCUUCUGUAGCUUCAACCACAGUGUAGACUGACAACCAAAAUGACCCGGGGAGGAGAGAGAGAGAGGGCGAGCUCCUCCUUUCCUCCCCCCUUCCCUCCCCUCCAACUUUGGAAAGCUUUAAAAUGUUUGUUGAGGCUUUAGCACCUGUUUUUUUUGUUUUGUUUAGUUUGUAUUUAGACCAUUUCAUCCUGUCAUCAACAAUGCGGAACACUUUCCCUUCUGCUUAGUUGAAGAGUGUGUGAGCGCUGUGUGUUGUAGUACAAAAAAAAAGGAUGCAUGACUGUAAAAGGGAUGCUUCAUUCUCUUCCCCCUCGCCCUCCUCACAUCUCAGCACUUCUGUCACACAUGAGAUGCUGUUUUUCUCUUGUUUUUUUUUCUGUUUUCCUCAUGUAUCGUUGCUUUCUUUAUAUCUUUCUAUUUACUAAACGUAUCAUGUUGUUUGUUCUCAGCACUGUAAAACAGUCCCUUCUACAAACAUUGAAAAGCAAUAUCACUGUAUGAAACCUUCACAAUGUAUUUGUUAUGAUUGACAUUUGAUUCAUCAUCAUUAUUAUUCACAUGCACCCUAGGUGUGAUAAUUGAAGUAAAUCUCUUUUAUACAAAUACUACAAGUGUGCUGUGGUAGUUUGUUGGUGUAAACAAGUAUUCUCAGAGAAAAAGGUUCACUUUUAAGAUGUUUAUGUCAUUUGCAGCCCUCCCCCCACACACAGGUGAGUGCCUUCUAUAUAAAUCACAAUAAUUGCAAAGGCA